AUGGCACUAUUGUUGUCUGUUAUAUACAUAGAAGAGAUGUCGCUUUACAUCGGUCGCGAGGCUUCAAAGUUGUGGAAGAGAUUUUGUGCCGAAAUUACUACCGAAAUCAACCUUCUCGCAGAAAAUUGGAAGUAUAUUCUAGGAGGUCUCAUUUGUCAGUACAUACACGGACUAGCUGCUCGAGGAAUUCAUUAUUUUCAUAGGCCAGGACCAAUACUUCAGGAUGUUGGCUUCUUUCUACUUCCGGAGCUUGGACAAGACAAAGCUUACAUCAGUGAAACUGUAUUUACAUUCGUCUUUCUAUCAUUUGUCUUGUGGACUUUCCACCCAUUCAUCUUCAAGAGCAAGAAAAUUUACACCGUCCUAAUAUGGUGCAGGGUCCUGGCAUGUUUAGUUGCUUGUCAAUUUCUUCGGAUCAUAACUUUCUAUUCUACUCAACUUCCUGGUCCUAACUAUCAUUGUCGUGAGGGCUCAAAGCUUGCCAGGCUGCCUCUUCCUGACAAUGCUGUAGAAUUCUUCUUAAUUAAAUUUCGUGGUGUGCUUUAUGGAUGUGGAGAUUUAAUAUUUUCAUCUCACAUGAUUUUCUCACUAGUCUUUGUGCGGACGUAUCACAAAUAUGGUACACGGAGGUUCAUCAAGCAGUGUGCUUGGUUAACCGUUGUGAUUCAGAGCUUGUUGAUUGUCGCCUCCCGCAAACACUACACAGUUGAUGUUGUUGUGGCAUGGUAUACUGUUAACUUAGUUGUGUUCUUUAUCGAGAAAACAUUGCCAGAGUUGCCUGAUCGCUCUAAUUUGGGUCCAUUACUCCCGUUCACCAAGGAUGGCUGGGCGAAGGAAGAGAAUCACAAACUUUUGAAUGGAAAUUCUGGAGAUUCGGCUGAAAGGAGGCCAAAGACUCAGAGCAAUGGCAAGAUCAUGGAAAAUGGAAAUUCACUGCAUGUUGAAACAGCAAUUAAUGGCUUAUAG